CCAUGACUGCUAGUCACAUGAUUGUCUGUUAGUCUUUCCUGUUGUAAAGGGGUAGAGAAGAAAAUAAAUUUACUGGACCACGAAAGAAAACGUAAAAUAGACUAUCAACCAUGUUUUCAUUCUUUCAAAGAAUCCUAGAUUGGUUCAAAAGUUUAUUUUGGAAAGAGGAGAUGGAACUGACUCUUGUAGGAUUACAGUAUUCUGGAAAAACCACAUUUGUUAAUGUUAUUGCUUCUGGCCAGUUUAGUGAAGACAUGAUACCAACAGUGGGCUUUAAUAUGAGGAAAAUUUCAAAAGGCAAUGUAACAAUCAAACUUUGGGACAUUGGUGGUCAACCAAGAUUCAGGAGCAUGUGGGAAAGAUACUGUAGAGGUGUCAAUGCUAUUGUUUACAUGGUGGAUGCAGCAGACCAUGAUAAACUUGAAGCAUCUCGCAAUGAACUUCACAAUCUCUUAGAUAAACCUCAACUUCAGGGUAUUCCAGUAUUGGUUCUAGGAAACAAAAGAGACUUGCAGGGUGCUCUUGAUGAAAAAGAACUCAUAGAAAGAAUGAAUCUUUCUGCCAUUCAAGACAGAGAAAUCUGCUGUUACUCUAUAUCUUGUAAAGAAAAAGAAAAUAUAGACAUUACACUGCAAUGGCUAAUUCAGCACUCCAAAUCUGGACGAUAAAGCACUACAAUUGCUGUUGGCUGAGAAAAGUUUACUGAUAGAGAAGGAUGUCCUGAUUUUGUUUAUAUGAUGAACUUGAUACUGUGUGUCUGUAAUUAAAAUGAGUUUGGCUUUAACAAUGGGUCUAUGAGUGUGAAUUUACAUUUUUUAUAACUUUAGUGAAUGUCAGAAUGAUGGUUUGUGAAGGUGUAUGGCUGUUGGACUUAAAACUAAAUAAUAAUUUUACCAUAUAUUUAAUUUCUCUAUUAUUUUAAUAAAUUGUCCUAGUGUUGAUUUUCAUGCUUUUAAUUAUGUUUAAAUGUUGAUUAUUAUUAUACAAUAUUAAAACAACUGUCAAUAACAAGUUUUUUUUUCCAAAGAAAUCUACUACAAUGAAACAGGUCGUUACAAAUGUUUGUUCUCCAACAUUGCCAACUUCAUUGUGAUUCUUCCAAAAAAAACACAGGAAAUUGAUUCUCAACACAAUUAAAAGAAAAGGUUUUAAUAUCUGUGAUUUGUUAAUUGUAGCAUGAAUCAUAUAUAAUAUACUUAUAAGAAAAUGUGAACAAAUGAAUGGUUUUAUGAUAUUGUUUUUGACAUAACACAGUGCAUUGAUGACAUCAUUUUGUGUGCAAUAGUUGACAUCACCUUUUGUUUCCUGGGACCUAUGUCAUCAUAAUUUGGCUUGUAGGUGGCAAGCUUUUGCUAACUGUGUUUAAGUUCUAACAAUUCAGGCAUUUUUGUUACCAUGUGGAAUUAAGUUUUGGGUUUAAUAUAUAAUUUUGUAAGUGUUUAGUGUCAACUACGUACUUUCUGGAUCAUUCCUUGUUUAUAACAAUGCAAAGGAGUGUAAAUAAUGUGUACAGGACCUUUUUUUUUUUUUUUUUUUUUUUGCUUGAAGAAAAUUUGUAGAGAAACCUUUUUUUUAUAUUGCAGGAUAUAUUGCUGUGCUUUAUUUAUCAUGAUAUUAAUCCAAUGGCUAAUUUGUAUAAAUGUCUGUUUAGUAAGCUGAUUUCAAAAAUUCAUUAUUCUUUAAAUAAAUAGCUAUAGCUUAAUAUUUGCACUCUUCUUGAACUACAUAUUGUCCUCUUCUUGAACUUGCCCCUGACUUAUGAUUUAUUAAUGUUGUGUUGUUUGUGUUGUACAUGAUUCUGCAGUCGCUGUCUUCUUCCUCUAUUUUGCUAUAUACUACAACAUUGCAAUCAGUAAGAAACUUUACUUUUAAAAUGUACUUGUUUUUUUUUUUUUUUUUGGCCUUUUAAAAAUGUAUUUUUAGUGGUGUAUAUAUCUCUAUGUUAAAAGUAGUAACAGUAGGUAAUAAUUCCUCUACUGAAUUAUGUUACAAAAAAGAAAUACAGCGUGUUUAAGGCAGUGUGACUUUCUAUUUUUAGUCAAGUAUGAAGAGCUUUGAAAACUUAAAAUAAUAAGCACAGAUUUAACUAUUGUUUGGGCUGUGAUAAUAGAUGAAGCUCCAUAUAUAUUGACUAAAGUAAUGAAAUGCCUUGAAAUGGAGCUAUAUUGAAACAAAAACCCUAAACCCUACCUUUAGUAUAUUUUUAAAAUAAAGAACCAUAGUAAAUUACUCUAUUUAGAUCCAAGCAAAUAAAUUCCAACGCUUCUUAAAAUAGAAUGAUCUUUGAGUUUAAUUGAGACAGAAAAAAAAAAUUACACAUGUAUUUCUUAGCAAAAAAGCAUUGUUGAAAGAAAAAGCUUCAAAUAUGUGAUUGUUUUCUCUAUUUUUUCAUCUCAGAAAUUACAGCUAAGUAGAUUUUAACUUAAAUCAAGAACUGUUUGACACCAUUGUAUGCAUCCUCUUUUUAAGUUUUGUAUACAUUAUUAUUGUGGCUGUUUUUGGCAUAUUGUAAGUGUAAUAUUUUACGACAAUACAUAAAAAAACCCAUAGCAUUAAUACAUGUUACUAGAUUAUUUAUUAUUUUAUAAAUACUGAUUACUAAGCUUUGCAAAGCUUGUUGGCUAAAAUUUUGGUGUUUGCUUGCCAUGGGGUAUUGUCUACAUGCAUUUAACUUUGUUAGUCCCACAGUAAUGAGACUAAAGAUUUGUGAUUAGUGAUCUACAUUUCAUUUGCUCUAUUGUAUGUUUUAGAUGCAUGCUUCAUCCUUGUCUACUUGUAAUGUAUAGUUUUAUGAUGAUGAGUAAUAAACAUUUUCUUAAACAGUU